UGAUUUCAUAAAUCGUCAUUUCAUCAUUUAUGAAAGACGGUUAAGUUUUGAAAGUGAUAGUAACAGUUUAACUGUAAUGAAAAGCAACUAUGCAUCUAAUAUUCAUCGUCCUGCUUUCAAGUGUCUCCGCCAUUAAGUUCCCCGAGGAGGACUUUUGCAAUGAUUCGUAUUGCCAUAUACUCGGCAGGAGCCGGAAGUAUUCCAAUAAGAAGGCCACCAAACUAACCGAGUUCCACAUGGACAUUUGCGAUAAGGAGGUGCUCCAACUUAUGCCUAAUCUGCGCACCCUGGAGCUGGAGAACUGCGACCGUCCGGACUUCACCAUCAAUGACUUGUAUCCACUGCCGUACCUAACCAGCCUUCAAUUGCGACGUAGCAACCUGUUGCAGCUGCACGACGAACACUUUUCCAAGUGGCCAGAGAUGCAGGUCCUUGUGCUGGGUGGGAACAAUAUUACGACACUAUUCGAUGAAUGCUUUAAAGGAUUACCUUAGCUCUGGAUGCUGUCGCUGCCGGGCAAUGGAAUUCGACGGUGGCCAUGGGGUGUAUUUGACACCCUACCAGAACUUCUGCAUCUCGACCUAAGUGGCAAUAGAAUCGAAAAUCUCCCUGAAAACAUUUUCUCUGGCCUUCCCAAUGGGAAUCCAUUGAUAUGGAUAUCGCCUACAUCCCUUAUACCUCUAAGCAACCUACGUCUUUUGGACCUUAGAUGCUGUGGACCGCUGCCGGAUCUUUCAUUGCCCGGUGCACAUACCCUGAUCCUCGACAACAGCGGAGUGCAGCGCCUGGACAUUUUGGGCAGUGUCCAUAAGCUACAGGCGAGGAACAACAAUUUAACCGAGAUCAGAUUACCCAACAAAAGCUCUGUUAUUGAACUGGAUUUGCAUAACAAUUUACUGACCGCAUCCGAUAUGCCCAAACUUCUAAUCGGUAUGUGGAGACUGCAACGACUGGAUCUAUCCAAGAAUCUCAUAGGGAUGUACGCCGCGGCAGGAAGCGACAAUUCAAGCGAGCUCUUCAUGCUGCCCAAUCUUAUGUAUUUGAACCUCUCGGAAAACCGCCUGUCGCGUCUACACUUCGAUUCGCCAAUCCCAUGGGAAAGGCUUACUCAUUCGGCCGUUUCGUACAAUAGAAUAUAUGCGCCCGCAAGUAUCGGCAUCAACGAGGCUUUCAAUCUUCAUAGUCUGCAUUUAGAGGGAAAUUUUAUUAGCUAUUUAACUCUAUCAUCGUGCAAGCCGCAUCCACCUCUAAAAGAGUUGGCUCUGUACGACAACAGAUUCCAGCCUGAGGGCUAUAAAAAUACUACAAAGUUCUUCAAAGAAAUGGGAAUUAACGUCUUAGAGAAAACUGAAUACAAUCACUCAAACAACGCGUCUCCUCCAACUUGUAAGCCUUGUAUACCAGAUGUCAACGAAUUUCCUGUAGGCGACGACACCAACCAAAAGUGCGACACAGAUACCAAAGCUAAUCCUUUAAGCAACGACACUUAUCGAGAAUGGAACGUAUGGAAUGUACUGAUGCUGGUGUUCCUGAUUAUUUCCGUGGCCCUCAACGCAUUUUUAAUCGUGCAACUCAUUCGUUCAAGAUGAAGAUCAACAUCGGUACCUGCCACAAUGGACAUGCAUUCAAUCGACUCUGAUGAUCUGAUACUGUAAUAUUAGGUUAAUAAGUCAUAUACAGUAGAAUCUGGUUAUAACGACUCCGCUUAUAGCGUCAGUCCGGUUAUUUCGACGGAAACUCGAUGGCUUGGUUGGGCCCCAUACAAAGUUAUAUGAAAGGACUUUUCAUAAUUCAACCCGAUAUUGCGACGUGCCAAUCGUCGGUCCCUUGAAAGUCGCUAUAACUGGAUUCUACUGCAUAUGUAAACUCUACAUCAAAUAAAAAUAAGGAAUCUCUGAUGUCUUACUACA